AUGCCAAGCUGAGGUUCGCAGCUGUUGGGUUUGGCCUGGGUCCCGGGCCCCAGGCUCUGGCACCGUAGCUCCUUCCACCUCGAGGCAGGGGUUCUGGUCCUUGGUUCCUGGUCACCACGGACACCUGCUCAGUGCCUCGCAUCCUCUCCCCCCAGAACGGCCUGCAGAGCGGCCGGCGGUUCCUGCGAGAGGCCAGAGGAGGAAGGAAUGGACGCUGGGCUCCUGGACGCGGGGUUCCAGGUGAGUGCCCCGCCGCCCUCACGCUCGGGCCUCCAACCGGAGGGACCCCCUCCCCUGACCACCCGGCUCGGCCUUGUCCGGCUUCCCCGGUGAGGAAGGUCCCGUGUGACGUUCCAGGAGCCGGUGGCCUUUGAGGACGUGGCCGUGGACUUCACGCGGGAGGAGUGGGGGCGGCUGACGCCCGCCCAGAGGGCCCUGCACCGCGAGGUGAUGCUGGAGACCUGGGGGCUCCUGGUCGCUGUGGACUUGGACGCUGGGUUGACAACGGAACUGUCAGCUGCAAAGCAAGACGCCUCUGAGGAACUAUCCCGCCUUGCCCUGGUAGAAGGGUUCCCGGGGGACGGUCUGGGGAGGGAUCAGGGUGAAGACGAAGAUGCCGGGGGGCUCCGGGAACACAGCCGUGAGAGCCUGGAUGGCCGUGGGGUGCGGGCGGCCUGCACACCUGUGAGGACAUCUGUUCAGCGGCACCAGCCCGGGGAUGGGUUUGGGGAAAACGUAACUCUGAGCCCUGAGCUCCCAAGUCAAGCUGUGACUCCUGGAAGACCAGACUCUCACAGGUGUGGGUCCCAGGGAAAACGUGAGAACCCGGAGUUAAAGGUGCAACAGAAAAGCGAUGCAGCAGAGAGACCCUCUAGAGGUCAGAAACGUGGCAGGGCCUUUCGUCACAGCUCCACACUCACCCACCCCCGCCCCACGCAGGCCGGGGAGAGACCGCAUGACAGCCACCAACGCGGAGAAGGCUUCCAGAGCGCUCCGCGUCCCAAACGCCAGGGCGUCCCUCCUGGCGAGCGGCCCUGUGAGCGCAGGCGGUGUGAAAGGACCUGCAACCACACGGCCCCACUGAUCCAGCCUCAGAGAAGGCACACCGGCGAGAAGCCCUACGCACGCACCCAGCGUGGGAAGGCUUUCAGCCAGAGCCCACCCCUGAGUCAGCAGCGGAGGAUCCACAGAGGGGAGAAGCCCUACAGGUGCAAGGAGUGUGGGAAAAGCUUCACCCUCAGCUCCUCACUCAGAAAGCACAAGUGGACACACACGGAAGAGAAGCCCUACGAGUGCAGUCAGUGUGGCAAGGCCUUCCGGCAGAGCACACACCUCCGUCAACAUCAGAAGAUCCACACCGGGGAGAAGCCCUAUAAGUGUGACGGGUGUGGCAGGGCCUUCAGACACAGCUCAUCCCUAACCAAACACCAGCUAAUCCACACCGGGGAGAAGCCCUAUAAGUGUGACGGGUGUGGCAGGGCCUUCAGACACAGCUCAUCCCUAACCAAACACCAGCUAAUCCACACCGGGGAGAAGCCCUAUGAGUGUAAUACAUGUGGCAGAGCCUUUAGCCAGCUCGCUCCACUCAUUCAGCAUCAGAGGAUCCACACGGGGGGGAAGCCCUAUGAGUGUGACGGGUGUGGCAGGGCCUUCACCCACAACUCAUCCCUAACCAAACACCAGCUAAUCCACACCGGGGAGAAGCCCUAUGAGUGCAGUGACUGUGGCAGGGCCUUCACCCACAGCUCAUCCCUAAACCAGCACCAGCUAAUCCACACUGGAGAGAAGCCCUAUGAGUGUGACGGGUGUGGCAGGGCCUUCAGACACAGCUCAUCCCUAACCAAACACCAGCUAAUCCACACCGGGGAGAAGCCCUAUGAGUGUGACGGGUGUGGCAGGGCCUUCAGACACAGCUCAUCCCUAACCCAGCACCAGCGAAUCCACACUGGGGAGAAGCCCUAUGAGUGCAGUGACUGUGGCAGGGCCUUCACCCACAGCUCAUCUCUAACCCAGCACCAGCUAAUCCACACCGGGGAGAAGCCCUAUGAGUGUAAUGCAUGUGGCAGAGCCUUUAGCCAGCUCGCUCCACUCAUUCAGCAUCAGAGGAUCCACACGGGGGGGAAGCCCUAUGAGUGUCAUGAGUGUGGCAGAGCCUUCAGUCAGAGCUCCCUCCUCACAGAACACCAGAGGACCCACACCAAAGAAAAACCCUACACGUGCAACGAGUGUGGGAAGUCCUUCAGUCGCAGCUCAUCCCUCAGCCAGCACGCGAGGACACACACCGGGGAGAAGCCAUAUGAAUGCCCAGAUUGUGGGAAAUCCUUCAGGCAGAGCUCCCACCUCACUCGGCACCGGAGAAUCCACACGGGAGAAAAGCCAUACGAGUGCAAGGACUGUGGGAAGUCCUACACAGACAGCUCCUCCCUGACCAGGCACCAGAGAACUCAUACUGGGUCGAGGCACCUACAGGAACUGGGCCAUAGGAAGCCUUAAGCCAUUGUUCAUCCCUUCCUGGACUUGAGCCCGUUUCGUCUCAGGAGCAAUGGGACAUACACAGGCCUUCACACACGGGUCACUCCUCAGGUCAUCCUAACAGCAGGGAAAUGUGGAGGUGACCGAUGCGGAGGACCUGCGGCCAUGAGUACCCACUAACAUUACAGAAGAGAGAAGUGGGAAAAUGUCGUGAGUUUGGACGUGACUUAGGUCCACACGUUCACAAGGUUCCAACUGGUGAAAACCCAACAAGUGCCUUUCAUACGUAAGAACCAAGGGCAGUGAGACCUGGUCACUAAUUCACAUUCUAUUCCUUGGGUUGGGGAGUGUUUAUGAGUGGUGUCAACUGACGGAUAUAAACACACGCAAGUGCGUACUCGGCUGUCUCACCACAACGUUUUCUGGUCUGUGUAUAAAUCACUUACCUGGUCCAAGAACACAGCUGAUGUUUGAGUCUCCCCUGAAAUGUUUGUCCCAAGUGGGAACCACCAGGCUCUGACUGCUAGUGAUGACGUUACCAAUUCUCCUUGACUUCCCUAAUUGCAUCUGUGCACCGUGUCUUGCCCCUUCAGAACAAACCUAGGGUGCUUUGCCCCACCUUUACAAGACAAAAUGAUACCAAUAUUUUAAAAUAAAAUCAGAUUUUAUCUCUCAAAAAAAAAGAUACAUGGCAACCAGUCUCACAGAUUUGAAUCCCAUGUGAAGUAUCAGUGCAUUUUAAACAGAAUUAAAUUAUCUGCAUUAUUUUGCAAUAAAUUAAUCCUUUUCAGUAGGUUUGGAGUGAUUCAAGAAAGCAAUUCUGAAACUAUAUUUUUAAAAUAUAUUUUAUUGAUUUCUUAGAGGAAGAGAG